AAGCUAGGAGCUCAGUCAGGACAAAAAUCACUUCACUUCCCUCAUACCUUGUUUCACCUGUGUUUCAGGAGUGUCCUCAGACUCCACAACUGAAAAUAUGAAGAAGCAAGGUUCAGAGAGCAGCCCUGCUCCAGUUUUGCCAGCACUGCCAGAGCCAAUCAAAGAUCUGAAAAUUAAGUACACCAAGAUAUUUAUAAACAAUGAGUGGCAUGAUUCAGUCAGUGGCAAAAAAUUUGAAGUCUUUAACCCUGCAAAUGAAGAGAAAAUCUGUGAAGUUGAAGAAGGUGACAAGGCAGAUGUAGACAAGGCUGUUAAAGCAGCUAGGAAAGCUUUUGAGCUUGGGUCACCCUGGCGUACAAUGGAUGCUUCAGAGCGAGGAAGGCUCUUGAAUAAACUAGCUGACUUAGUUGAAAGAGAUCGGGUGAUUUUAGCUACGAUGGAAGCCAUUGAUGGUGGGAAACUCUUUUCCACUGCCUAUCUAAUGGAUUUAGGUGCCUGUGUCAAAACAUUACGCUACUGUGCAGGCUGGGCUGAUAAAAUCCAUGGGCGUACUGUACCAAUGGAUGGAAACUUUUUUACAUUUACAAGACAUGAGCCUAUUGGUGUGUGUGGCCAAAUUAUUCCUUGGAACUUCCCAUUGGUUAUGUUCAUGUGGAAGAUCGCCCCUGCUCUUUGUUGUGGAAACACAGUGGUUGUCAAACCAGCAGAACAGACCCCACUGACUGCCCUUUACAUGGGAUCCUUAAUUAAAGAGGCUGGAUUUCCACCUGGAGUGGUGAACAUUGUGCCAGGCUUUGGACCCACCGCUGGAGCAGCAAUUUCUCACCACAUGGAUGUAGAUAAAAUAGCUUUCACAGGCUCUACAGAGGUUGGCAAACUGAUUAAAGAAGCAGCAGGAAAGAGCAAUCUGAAAAGAGUUACAUUGGAGCUUGGAGGAAAAAGUCCCAACAUUAUAUUUGCGGACGCAGACUUGGACACCGCUGUGGAAUUUGCACAUAUUGGUCUGUUCUACCACCAGGGGCAGUGUUGUAUAGCAGGAUCUAGGAUUUUUGUGGAAGAGCCUAUUUAUGACGAGUUUGUUCGACGAAGCAUUGAACGAGCAAAGAAGUAUACUCUUGGAAAUCCUCUGUUGCCUGGUGUACAGCAAGGCCCUCAAAUUGAUAAGGAGCAGUUUCAAAAAAUCCUGGAGCUAAUUGAAAGUGGGAAAAAAGAAGGAGCCAAACUGGAAUGUGGAGGAGGUCCAUGGGGAGACAAAGGUUACUUCAUCCAGCCUACAGUUUUUUCUGACGUUACAGAUGACAUGCGCAUCGCCAAAGAAGAGAUAUUUGGACCUGUUCAACAAAUCAUGAAGUUUAAAACCAUAGAUGAAGUUAUCAAGAGGGCAAAUAAUACUACCUAUGGCUUAGCAGCAGCAGUUUUUACCAAAGACAUUGAUAAGGCACUGACAUUUGCAGCUGCUCUUCAAGCUGGAACUGUAUGGGUUAAUUGUUACAGUGCAAUGUCUGCUCAGUGCACUUUUGGAGGAUUUAAGAUGUCAGGAAAUGGACGAGAAAUGGGAGAAUAUGGCCUUCAUGAAUACACAGAAGUUAAGACUGUCACAAUCAAAAUCCCACAGAAGAACUCGUAAUGCUGCUUGAGGUGCAGAAUUUAACACCUUCAAAUGAAUCUGAAAAAGCUAUCUGAAUUCGGAAAGCUUUUGUGUCCCAAAUUAUUCAUUAACCUUCCUGAUUUCUAAUUGUGUGCUUACAUUAACAAUAUGAAGGAUAUUGUCAACAAUUUUAGUGUCAUUAACUGAGAAAAGGAAACCUUAAUGUCUGGUACAUAGCUGAGUGAUGUUUAAAUUCAUGUUGAGAAAAAACUACUUUUCAGUAGAAAGUGUCUAGUGCUCUGAAAAUAUUACUUUUUCAAUGUAUCCUACAGGUACAGUUUGAACUUCUGUGCUCUUCUAAAUGUUAGAGGGUGAACUCUUUGCAUUUUCUUGUCUUUGUGACCUUAACAAAAGCACUUACGAGUAAUUACCAGAUACUCCUCUGUGUCUUUAAAAAUAGUAGACUUUUUUUAGAUGUAUUUUUUAGACUACUGAAUUGUUCAUCACACUACAUAAAUGUAAUCUGGAUAAUAUUAAACCAUAUUAAAAUUCAUCUUCAAAACCU